UUAGCCCGGCCUACCGCCCAAUUCGAGAGCGUGGCGAGAUGUGACUGUCCGACGAUCGAUAUUGCUUUGCACAUGAAAAGUUGUUUUUCGCAAUUGGCAAUGGCUACGCAUGAGCGGCGCGUAAAAUAUCAUCAAAUUUAUGCCAACGGUUCAGAACGAGAAUAGCGAAGGAACGAGAAAGGUGGAGGACAGGAGGACAAGAGGUUCAAAAUUGAUCGAGAUCUCAAGCAAGCCUGCAUAGAACCUAAAACCUGUUUCUCGGGUGCACUGUUUGCAGUGCUCUUCCAGAAGAACUGUAAAUCAACGGUAAAACUUUGAUAAAAGUAUACACAAGUGUUAAAUAUAUAAUAGUAAUGUACACACGAGUGACAUUAUGUGGAAAAAGAGGGAUAAUAAGGAAAUGGUGUGCUCGAUCGUGCUCGAUUAAUCCGUAUCAUGUUGAUAGCCUUGAACCCAAGGCUUUUGAGGACAUUCCAGGACCAAAAUCUUUGCCCUUCAUUGGAACAUUAUACAAGUAUCUGCCUUUUAUCGAGGGAGAAGGGGAAAGAGAGAGAGAGAGAGAGAGAGAGAGAGAGGGGAAUAAAAUCCGGUUCUGUAUAAAGUUCUACUACUACGCACAUUCCAAAUACAAUACUUGCCCAUCUUUUUUUUUUAACGUCGACGAAUUAAUCUUGUCGAACAUAUGUCAUCGUAUAGGUGAAUACAGUUUUGCGAAGCUACAUUACAACGGCUUAUUAAAAAGGAAACAAUAUGGACCUCUUGUGCGCGAGGAAAUUAUACCAGGUCAACAUAUGGUAUGGGUAUUCCGACCGGAAGACAUCGCGGAAAUUUUCAAAGCUGAAACGGGUCUGCAUCCAAAAAGAAGGUCGCACUUGGCUCUCCUCAAGUAUCGAAAAGACAGAAGCAACGUCUACAACACCGGGGGCCUUUUGCCCACAAACGGCACCGAGUGGUGGAGAUUGCGCCGGGAAUUCCAAAAGGUCCUUAGCAAACCCCGCAAUGUCGUCGAUUACUUGGAGGACACCGACGCAGUUGUCCAGGAGUUCGUGCAGCUCUGCUCUCGCGAGAAAGCCGACGAUUUCCUACCUUUGCUCUCGCACCUUUUCCUCGAGCUGACUUGUCUCGUGGCUUUCGAUGUAAAGAUGCGAAGUCUGUCGGAAGAAGAAAAACAUUCACAUUCUCGAAGUUCAAGGCUGAUUAAAGCAGCGUUUACGACGAACAGCGCAAUUCUAAAAUUAGAUAACAGCCUAAUGCUUUGGCGAUUUUUCGAAACACCCUUAUACCGGAAAUUGCGCAAGGCGCAAAACUACAUGGAGGAAGUGGCACUGCAAAUGGUUUCUGAGAGACAUCGAGAUGCGUUGAUAUGUCGAAAACAAUCUCUUCUCGGGGAAUAUUUAAAGAAUGAGGCUUUAGACAUUAAAGAUAUUGUGGGUAUGGCGUGUGAUAUGUUGCUCGCUGGCAUGGAUACCACGACAUACAGUACGUCAUUUGCCUUGUAUCAUCUCGCAAGAAAUACAGAUGUUCAAGAAAAGCUAAGAUCGGAAGCUGCGGCUUUGUUAACGGAUCCUGUGUCUCCGAUAACGCCGGAGAUCCUAAGAAAUGCUACGUACGUGAAGGCCGUAAUAAAAGAAACUUUCAGACUGAAUCCUAUCUCCGUCGGAAUAGGUCGUAUCCUGCAAACUGACGUGGUCCUCAGCGGAUAUCGCGUUCCCAAAGGGACUCUAGUUGUCACGCAAAAUCAAGUGAUUUGUCGACUUGCCGAGUAUUUUGACGAGCCGACUUCAUUUAAGCCAGAAAGAUGGUUGCGCGAUAGCAACGAUAAAGUGAACAAGAGAGAAAAGGCUAUCAAUCCCUAUAUUGUGCUGCCUUUCGGCCAUGGUCCGCGAUCGUGUAUCGCAAGACGAUUCGCGGAGCAAAGUCUGCAAGUUGUCUUACUCCGGAUCUGCAGAAACUUGCGGUUCACAUGGUGUGGAGAGCCUCUUGAUUCCGUUUCGUCUCUAAUCAACAAGCCUGACGCGCCAAUUAAAUUGAGAUUCGAGAAUAUACAUUCGUAAAAAAAAAAGCAAAAGUCAUUGGGAUCGCAAAAGUAGAAAACUCUCGAGAAGAUUUGUAUCAGAAAACAUUUAUUAUAUAUUUUGCGUGAGGAAUAAGUUGCUUCUUGACUUAUUCAAUAGAUACGAUAGCAAGAUAGAAAUAAUCGUAAGGUUUAUGUGUCGGGCUGACAAUAACUUAUCAAACACGGAAAUUAAACGAAUUGCGCUCUAA